UAGUACUGAUGACGGACAACUCCCGUCCUGAAAAGGAUGCUCUGAAGAAGACAUGGCCCACAGCAGAACAGCUCCUAUGCCAGUUUCAUGUGCUGCAAGCAGAAUGGCGCUGGCUAACUGCAACUGCUAACAAAGUCCCCAAGGAAGACCGACGUCAGCUGAUGGCUGCCUUCCAAAAGAUACUGUAUGCAAAGGACCUGAGCCAGCUUCAGGCAGCAAAGGAGCACCUGCGCACUGUUGGGCAUGAAGCCUACAUCCACCGAGUAGAGGCAUUUCUUUGCUGUGAAAAGGAGUGGGUACAGAUGUACCGAACAAAUCUAGCGACAAGGGGGCACAACACAAAUAAUUAUUCGGAAGCAUCAAUAAGAAUCCUAAAAGAUGUUGUCCUUUGCCGGACAAAAGCAUUCAAUGCUGUUGCCUUGGUCGAAAUAGUAGUCUCAACUUGGGAAAAGUAUUUUGAGACCAGGCUUCUGCGGCAUGCGCACCAUCGAGAAGCGUCACAUCGCCUGACGUUUGAGCAUCUGCUGCAAGACCUGCCAGAGCUGCCCGCAGGGAGCAUCACAAAAUCUGGUGAAACGUACUAUGUGCCCAGCUCCUCAAGCACGGCGACACAUGAAGUACAAGCUGAUGUGGGCAUAUGCAGCUGCUUGGAUUGCAAGCAGCUCGGGCAACUUGCACUAGGUGAGCGAUGCCCCCCACUGCAAUUCUAUUUGCCAAUGAGGCCAGCACAGCAAGGUGUCAACAUAGCGGAAAGCGACUCGGGUGUACAAUCACAACAGCCAGGCCCAAGCACCGCUUCCGGCUUCAGUCCACAGGCAGGGCCAAGCACCGCUGCCGACUUCAGUCCACAGCCAGGGCCAAGCGCUGUUCCCGACUACUGUCCAGAGCCAGGGCCAAGCACUGCUCCUGACUUCAGUGCACAACCAGAGGUAUUCUGA